ACUAGAGGACCCGGCACGAGCGCAGGGGGCGGGGCGCAGCGGGUGCACGCGGGCGCCAGGGUCGCCAUGGCGGAGGUGCAGCAACUCCGAGUGCAGGAGGCCGUGGACGCCAUGGUGAAAAGUGUGGAGAAAGAGAACAUCCGGAAGAUGCAGGGUCUCAUGUUCCGGUGCAGCGCCAACUGCUGUGAGGACAACCAGGCAUCUAUGCAGCAGGUGCACCAAUGCAUCGAACGCUGCCAUGCACCUUUGGCUCAAGCCCAGGCCUUGGUGACCAGUGAGCUGGAAAGGUUCCAGGACCGUCUGGCCCGGUGCACCAUGCAUUGCAGUGACAAAGCCAAAGACUCCAUAGAUGCAGGAAAUAAAGAGCAGCAGGUGAAGCGACAGCUGGAUAGCUGUGUGGCCAAGUGUGUGGAUGACCACAUGCACCUCAUCCCAACAAUGACCAAAAAGAUGAAGGAGUCUCUGUCAUCCAUCGAGAAAUAAAAUUGUUUGCCAGUGACCAUGGGUCUGAGGGCACGCUAUUUAGAAGGAAGAAUGGAAGUUUAAUCUGUUAAGCAAGUUUAUAAAUGAGGAAAACUCAGGACACAGCAAGUUCCAGGCAAAUGCUGCUCACCUCUGGACACCAGUUCCUUUGCAUCUGAAUCUUAGAAGGUGAAGUGGAAAGAAGCUGGUGCUGAAAUUCGGAUGACAUAUAGCACAGGGGAGAAUUCUAGAUCCUAAAUUUUCGUGUGCAGAUGCUUGUUCUGGCAGUAGAGAUUGCCCUUUUACCAAAGGCUCAGAUUCUCACUACACAGACAUCUGAGCUUCCUUCAACCUGCUGGUAAAGUUUGAGGAAAGGUGUGUCUGAUACCAAGCUCCUGUUUCCCACAAGUGUCCCCACACUUGGCAUGUGCUUCAAAACAACACCCACUUUAGAGGGAGGAAAGGGGUUCCUUUGUCUUAUAUGCAAGGGCACAAAAUGGGUUUAAGAUACAGGAGGGAGAGUAGCUUGAAUAAUUUCUGAAGGCUCCUUGUACUCUUUGGCCAUCAAGAUGGGAAAGUCCACUUACUCAAAUUCUGUCAAUUCUGGAAGCCCCUGAAGGAGGGCAGUAUCACAGUACAUAGGAAACAGCUUCCUUCUAUGACUUCUGUGCAAAGUGACACAUUUCCAUGAAGAACAAGGGAUGUGAUUGUCACAUACCAGUAGCUGAGAGUAAAGAGUCAUAUGAGAACUGUUAAGAUGUACUAGGUUUGGAAAACCUAAAUUUUACAAAGUAAAAGUCCAAACCCAGUAUUACUCCUUCCGCUCCCUGAAUUCACAGAGCCUUUUGGAGGUAAUCCUCUAGCAACAAGACCUAAAACCAACCAAUUUGGGCCAAGGAAAACUAGGACCACUAUAGAGCAAGAGAGGCACACAACUUACCAAAUGCCAUUUUUGCCUGGGGUUUUGCAGUGCAGUGUUGCUGCCCCAACAUGGCACCUUAUCUUUUGGAUAAGUACUAUGUUGUAUUUAUACCAAUUAAUUACUUGAAACAGUGAUAAUACUUGUCAAUUUGCUGUCAAGCCUGCAAUAUAUUUUCCAUGUGGUUUUGUUUUUAAAUAAAGUUUCAUUGUCUCCAACUCUU